GAGUGAGUGGCUUUGUAUGGCAGCUUGCCCGGUGGUAACCCGUCUUCUGGAAAUUCCGAAUGAUGUCAGGAGAGGACAGAUUGGUUGCUGGUUGUAAGGUUACAAAAGUGAAAGUACGCUGUUAGCUCAGAGAGAGAAUGAUUGCAGAGCUGGAGCAGAACAGAUCGCCACCGCCAACACUAUAUCACGUGUGAGUCUGCAUGGUGACUGAGGCAGCAUGACAUCACGGAGAUAUGUGACAUGCAUAUUUGUCUUUGUCUCCUUGAGAAUUGUUCACUCGUUUGGCUGCAACUUAGAAUAUUUCAGCAAGGACAAGUUGAGCAAAGAAAUGCCAGACAUCCCACUUGUGAGAACAAAGGAUCCCAAGGAUGUAAUGGAGUGUACUAUAGAAAGAGCGUGCAUGGAAAAAACUGAUUGCGGAUUAGAACACCUAUUUUUGUGCUUUCGGGAUAAAGUGCCGGAUGAACCCAGCAUCACUGAAAAGUGCAAAGGGGAUUUUUCCCAUAAGGUCACUUACCAUCACUUCCUGUGCUUGACGGCCAAGGCUGCCAAUCUUCAUGCAGUAAACUUGAGUCACAUAGGCUGCGAAUACGACGUCGUCUGCGCUGUCUAUAAACAAAUAAAGUUUGCCGGUCAGACAACAACAUUUCCACCACCAUCACCAACAACAACAGAAACUACAACAAUACCACCAACAACUACAGAAACUACAACAAUACCACCAACAACUACAGAAACUACAACUAUACCACCAAUCAAUACACUGCCAGAAAGAACAACAGUAACAGCAGUUUUGAGACCUCCAACAACAACAACAACAACAACAAGCCCACAGGGCAUUCAUGACACAAACUCACGGAGUGAAACACACAUCGGUGAAACAGAAACCUUAUCACUGAAGAUAUUAUUAGUGGUGUCAAUGAUCCUCCAUGUGGUCGUGCCGGUGGCUGUUUACCUGUACAUGCGGCGCCAAAGGCAGCAAGACUUGAGACCAGUGACUCAAACAAAUGAAACAAAUCUGACUCUGCAAGAAGUUCGUUUAAUGACUGAUGUGAUAUCAAGCGCACAGAUGCCUUCUACAAAUGGGCGAGAUGUAGAGAUGUCACAUUUAAUGCAGGCAGCUGCCUGAGUGUCACACUGUUGUCACGCAUUCAGCCCAAGAGAACGGUUAUGAUGACUGAUGAUGACAAAGAUCGCUCUGCAGUAAUUGAAACUCUGCCCCAAGAACCUUAUCUGUUUUCAUGGUUGAUGCAACACGGAUGUGGGAAGUGACAAGGUAUGAAGGAGAUCUGCUGGAUUCAAGAGCAGGCGAACUGCAUGACUGUUAUGAACAUAACUUGUUGCCCACAUAAGGGAAGAUAAAACUCUGUGCUUCACUUCAGAGAGGAGUGAGAGUGACUGAACCGAGGCAUGGCAGCUCUCUCAGCCACAAGUCAAAGGGAAAUGAAUUGCGACAUCAGACCACUGUUCAGAGACAAGUUUACUAAGCAACUCCUCUUGGCCAGAUUAUGAGGAAUUUGGUUUCUCCUCCAUGCCCUCAUGGUUCAAGAUUAAAAAAAACAAAGAUCCUCUAACCCAGUGGUUCUCAACUGGUCUAGCCUCAGGACCCACCUAAAUUUCUGAUAUUUUUUAACCAAUGACAUUUGUUUAAAUAAAAAAGGUGCAGUUUGGACCUCAGGCAGAUCAAAACAUGUGACGGAACAAAGAGACGAAAACAAAAGAAAAACAUGAUUUAAAAGUGCUUCAUAAACUUCUUGACACUUUUUUUCCCGGGCACACAUUCGCGACCCACUGAAAAUGGUUAAGCGACCCACUUUUGGGAUCUCGACCCCCCAGUUGGGAACCACUGUUUUAACAUGUGUACACAGUUAAGCACAGUUAAUUAUAACCUCACACUCACCUAUUUUUCUUCUCAGUGAAACAGGAGGUUUCUUUCAGCUACAGUAUAUGAAGUUCUCUGUUAAUAACACCUUAAAAAGUAAAGCUGUAUAUUGGUUGACUACUUUUAAUUUUUGUUACUAUAUUUUCAAAUGUGAUAUAUAUAUUAAUAUAUAUAAAGUGAUGCAAGCUUCUCCCAGACAUGUUCUAUCCUUUGAGCCUUUGGAAAACAUUACCUGAGGUAUUUUCUGGUGCUGUAUAUAACAGAUCCUAUUCAACAGCUUAGAACCAG